AUGUCGCUCAAGCAGGAGAUCGAGACUUGGGUUGAGGCGCUCGGGCACUAUGACAACCAGGAAUUCGAAGAGGCUCUGCGGAUUUUCGAUGCCAUCGCCGAUACUUCCAAGAUCCUGUUUAACUGUGGUGUUAUCCACGCCACCAUCGGCGAACAUGACCGAGCAGUCGAAUGCUACCAACGCGCAAUCAAGCUCGACCAGUAUCUCGCCGUCGCCUACUUCCAGCAGGGCGUCUCGAAUUUCCUCGUCGGCGACUUCGAAGAGGCAUUGGCCAAUUUCAACGACACCCUCCUCUACCUCCGAGGAAACACAUAUAUCGACUACGAGCAGCUGGGCUUGAAGUUCAAGCUCUACUCCUGCGAAGUCCUCUUCAACCGGGGCCUGUGUUACGUCUAUCUGCAGCAAGAGGAGGCCGGCCUGCAAGAUUUUACUUUUGCGCAGAAGGAGAAGAUGACCCCCGACCACGAUGUGAUAGACGAUGCUAUAAAAGAGAUGGCUCAGGGCUACGUGGUGUUCAGCAUACCCGUCGGCUGUGUGUACAGGCCGAACGAAGCCAAAGUCAAGAACCUCAAAGCGAAAGACUACUUGGGCAAAGCCCGCCUGAUAGCCACAUCCAACAGCCAGAACACUGGCACUGGCUUCCAAGGUGCUGAAAGGAGACAGGCCAUCGCUGCCGUUUCAGCCAAGGACGAUCGACCCGCCGAGAACAUCAGUUAUGCAGCAACAAACCUCGUCCAGCGUAACUUGUCGAGCAGGAUUGCUCGAGAUCAGAGUGCCCCACCUGUAAUGAGCAGAAACGUCUUCCCUCCCACGCCGCCGCCAGAGAUCGAGAAGCCCAGAAUGAGCGGCAGUGCUCCAGGCAGUGCUGUCGGCAGCAGCUCCGGCAGUGGCGCGUCUUCGAACCUGCCCUUACGAUCCGCGUCUAUGCGCCAGCCGCGGAAUAUGUACUCCACUAGAGCAGAGAUGGAACCACCCCGGCCCGGAAUGAUGAGUCGUGCCGCCACUUUUGACGUUAAUGGGAACCAACCGCCAGGCGGUGGGAGAAUGCCACCACCACAGCGAGAGAACUCUUGGCCUGAGGAUGAACCGCUCAUGAUGGACCGGCCGAUGCAAAUGGAAAGGUCCCGUUAUGGCACGCAAAGAACAGCGUCGGAGCCUCGGGGCCCUUCUUCAAGACGGCAGGUGCUUGACCGCUCAAUGUCACAAAGAGCCCCCGCGCCCCUCUUCCGCGAAACCACACGAGACCGGUACGAAGAUCCCAAUGAUACCGUAGAUGACGUCUACCGCAUGUACGCAAGCCCACGUCGACGUCCCACGCAGCGCCGGCCAGAACCAGACCUUUACCUCAACGAAGAGGACGAAUAUAUAGACGAGGAAGAAAUGAGCUCGGAAGACAUGAGCGGAUUCGAGCCCGUUCGACGCGCACCCUCACGCGCGGGCACCAUGCGGGGCAGCAAACGGCCCGACAUGCGCAAGAUCCGAGUCAAAUGCCACUUUAACGAAGACACGAGAUACCUGAUGAUCGGCGCGGUCAUAGACUUUGGCGACUUGGAAAGUAAAAUCCGCGAGAAGUUUGGCAUCAAAGAUCAGCUGAAGAUCAAGAUGCAGGAUGAUGGCGAUAUGAUCACAAUGGGUGAUCAGGACGAUCUGGAGAUGCUGUUGAGCAGUGUGCGGAGUCAGGCGAGAAAGGAGAGGAGCGAGAUGGGCAAAAUGGAGGUUUGGAUUUCGUCGUGA